GCAGUCGAACGCGUCUCGUAUAAGUAUACGACCUUCGUAGAUCCUUCAAGGAAAAUAAAUAAAAACAUUGGUUAUAAAAGUGGUACAGGCUACAACCUGUUUAGUUACUGUGCAUUUAAGAAUCAAUACAACAUCAUUAUCUGUGCUGUGUUCUAUUUUUAAAUUGGAAUUUGUAUCAAGAUGUCUAAGAUUUUAUUUUUCUUCUCUCUUCUUGCGGUGUCUUACUGCCAAAACAACGAGGUCAGGUCAAAUCAGCCUUCUAUACCUGGUGAUAAAAAUAAGGUGCAAGAGACGAUUCCAAAUCUACAAUCUGACGUGACUUCAAAAAAUAAGAAUGUUGACGAACCAUGCACGGCAGAUAAUGCUGAGGCGGGUGUGUGCGUUCCCUUUUACCUAUGCAACCAUAACAGAACUAACAUAAUGGAUACAAGUGGAUUGGGGAUCAUUGAUAUAGCUGUAAAUGACGCCCCUUGCGAAUCAUACCUCGACACAUGUUGUACUGUAUCAAACAGGAGAGAUCCAGCAGAUCCCAUCAUUCCACUAUCAACGGAGAAACAGCGUGGUGGUUGCGGUUGGAGAAAUCCUCAAGGUGUUCUUGGGUUCCAAACAAGAGGAGGGGAGGACGAAGCUAAAUUCGCAGAGUUCCCGUGGAUGGUCGCUAUAUUAAAGAUUGACCCAGUAAAUGCAUCAGACGUGAACGGCCAACAAUUGAAAGUCUACAUUGGUGGAGGAUGCCUGAUCCACCCCAGCGUGGUGCUGACCACCGCCCACUUCGUAGCUAAAGCCAACAAGCUGAUAGUCCGCGCCGGAGAAUGGGACACGCAGACGACCAAGGAGAUCUACCCAUAUCAGGACCGCGAUGUAGGUUCCAUGGAGAUACACAAGGACUUCGAUGGAGGUAAAUUGUUCUACGACAUCGCGUUGUUAUUCCUGACGAAGCCCAUGGAUCUGGCGCCCAACGUGGGGGUGGCAUGCUUGCCGCUGCCCAAGCAGAAGGCGAUACCCGGCACCAGGUGCUUCGCCACCAGCUGGGGCAAGGACAAGUUUGGCAAAGAGGGACGCUACCAGGUCAUACUUAAAAAGGUCGAGUUACCAGUGGUAGAGCCAAAACAGUGCAGGGACUUGCUCCGUAAGACGAGACUUGGGAAGUUGUUCGAGCUGCACAGCACCUUCAUGUGUGCUGGAGGGAUAGGAAAGGAUACAUGUAAGGGAGAUAGCGGUGCUCCACUCAGCUGUCCUAUAGAGUACCAGGAGAACAGAUACGUACAGAACGGUAUGGUCGCGUGGGGCAUCGGGUGCGGGGAGGACGGCACCCCCGGCGUGUACGUAGACGUGUCCGUACUGCGGGACUGGAUCGACGACAAGGUGGCCGGCAAGGGAUACGACCCCGCUGUCUACUCCAGAUACUAAACAACGCGGCAAUACCACAGCUAUAGGUGACCGGCGAGGGGUAAGACUCCGCCAUCUACUCCAGAUAGAUACUAAACAACGCGGCAAUACUGCAGCUAUAGGUGGCCGGUAAGGGUUACGACUCCGCCGUCUACUCCAAAUAGAUACUAAACAACGCAGCAAUACCACAGCUAUAGAUGGCCAGCAAAGGACACGACCAUGCCGUCUACUCCAGAUACUAAACAACGCAGCAAUACUACAGCUAUAGGUGGACGGCAAGGGGUACUACCCUGCCGUCUACUCCAGAUACUAAACAACGCGGCAAUACCACAGCUAUAGGUGGACGGCAAGGGGUACUAUCCUGCCGUCUACUCCAGAUACUAAACAACGCGGCAAUACCACAGCUAUAGGUGGCCGAAAAGGGUUAAGACUCACGCAAAAUAGGCACCUGGUGUAGAGUUGCGGAAAACACCCAUCGUUCAGAAAAACAAGUAGAAGGGUACGACUCCGCCGUCUACUCCCGAUACUAAACAACGCGGCAAUACCAUAUAGCUAUAGGUGGCCGUCGAAAUAAAAGACGAUUAACUCUACCGUCUACUCCCGAUACUAAACAACAUGGCAAUACUACAGCUAUAGGUGGCUGGCAAGGGUUACGACUCAUGAAAAAUAGGCACCUGGUGUCGAGUUGCGGAAAACAAAAAGAAGAAGAAGGGUAGGGAAGAAGUACGACCCCGCCUACUCCCGGUACUAAAGAACGCGGCAAUAUAUAGGCUAUAGGUGGCCGUUUUCGGUCUUACUACAAAAAAAUUAACUCUGUUUUAAAUCUCGUUAAGGCUAAUUUUGUAUAACAACGCAGCAAAGUAAUUUUUCAAUUAAAAAAAUAUAUGUUAC